GACUGAUAGUGCAAACAUAAACACAAACAGAAAUAUGCCUUCUUCUGGGUUAGCUGAAGAGGCAGCCCUUUUGGGAACUAUGCCUUCCGAUAGUAUGGAUGAUAUAGAAUUGAAGAAUAUUCAACUACAAUUUCCUUGCACCCGAUCAUUAUCGAGGGAUGAUUCUUCUGUUCAGGAAGAAAUCGUAGAGACUGAUCGGGGUAACAUUGUUGUAGCCGUGCAGGGUUCCAGAAACAAACCAGCUAUUCUGACCUAUCACGAUCUGGGAUUGAACUACAUUUCCAGUUUCCAAGCGUUUUUCAAUUAUAUAGACAUGAGAGCACUAUUGGAAAACUUUUGCGUGUAUCAUGUCAAUGCCCCAGGACAGGAAGAAGGAGCCCACACCCUUCCUGAAGACUAUAUCUACCCGCGUGACAUCCGAGUCCAAAAAAUAAUACAAAUAUGA